CCCAUUCCGUCACCAUGCUUGGAGAUCUUUUUCUCUAAAAGGUUCGUUUCAACUCAUCUCCGUUUCUCUCUGGUGCGUCUUCCGGUGGAAGAUAGCUUUCCAGUUUUAGCCCUUGUGAUCUUUGAAAGAAAGGGGAGGCGGGAGAUCUGAUAUUCCUCUGCACUCUCCAUUUAAGGAAAUCCCCCUUCCUCACAGAUCGAUCAUCUUCGAUCUAAGAAAAAAAUGGUUAUGGAAGUACUCGGGGCAGAUAUCACCCCUGGGCAGGCAAAAACUGCAAUUGAUGAGGAUGGAAGUGUGGAAAGAAAUAGAAGGAUUAAUAAGGCUGAUGGCUCAGACAAGUCUGAUUUAGUGGAUGGUUCAACUAUGGUGAAUGGAGAGACUAAAGAAGUUGAACAUGCGCUUGAUUCUGUGGUCCCUAAGGAUGCUAUAGAUGAGUGGCCUGAAGAUAAGCCAACACAUGAAUUCUAUUUUAUUAGAUACAGAUCUUAUGAGGAUCCAAAGUUGAAAGCAAAAAUAGAAAAUGCUGAUAAGGAGGUUCAAAGGAAAACUCAAGCCCGGAUGCAGAUCACAGAGGCAUUGAGGGAAAAAAGGUCUGAAAAAGCUGAUCUGAUCUCACAAUUAAAACCAUUGCAAGAAGAAGAAAGGCAGUUCCGGGCAGUUAUGGAUGGAAAAAGAAAGGAAAUGGAACCUCUUCAAACUGCUUUGGGCAAGCUUCGGGGUACAAAAAAUGCUGCAACAGAAAAAGGUGCAGGGUUGUGCUCUUCAGAGGAAGAGCUUAAUGAAACUAUCCAUAGCUUGCAGUACUGCAUUCAACAUGAAAGCAAUACCUUGGCUGUGGAGAAACAGCUGCUUAAAGAAAUCAAACAACUUGAAGCGUCAAGGGAGAAAGUUAUUGCUAAUGCUGCCUUGAGGGCUAAAAUUCAAGAGUCUUAUGGUCAGAGAGAUGCCAUCCAGGAUCAAGUUAAACUAAUAGGCGCUGAUAUUGAUGGAGCAAGAAAAGAACAACAAGGAAUCAGGUCAAAAAUCCAGCAUCUGGAGGAAAAGCUAAAUAGUGUAAGGGCGGAGCUUGAUUCCUUACAAAAUGAACUAGUAGCCAUCAAUGAAGCUAGGGACAAGGCGUAUCAGGCAUUUACCUUGCUAAGGAAGGAACGAGAUGAGUUGAAUGCAUGUUUCUUCCAAUACCGUUCACUCAUGAACAAUGUCAAGGGACUUUCUAUAAACAAGGAUAUAUUGGCACUUAAAGAGCUUUCUUUCAACGAGGUAGAGAAAUUUAUGUCGCAGUGGAUCAAUAGUAAAGCUUUUAGGGAUGAUUAUGAAAAAAGGACACUGUCUUCAUUGGAUGCGAGGCAGUUGAGCAGGGAUGGCAGAAUGAGAAACCCUGAUGAGAAACCAGUUAUGUCUGUGGAACCGUUAUAUGUUGAACCAGAGAAAGAACCAAUUAACUCCAGCCUGAAAAAGGUUGAAGCAGAGAAAGAACCAUCUAAAGCCAGUGCCAAAAAAGAAAAAGGGAGUGUAAUCCCUCCAAAGCAUGAAGUCCGCAAGACUCAGGAAGAAUUUAUCAUGAAACCGGUUGAAGCUGAGGCGCCAAAACAAGUGCGUGAGGCUGAAAACUCUAAUGUGGGUGACAAGUCCCCUAAGAAACACUCAGAAUCCAACGAGAUUGAUCCAGCAAAGCUGAAGGAGAUGAAAAGAGAGGAAGAGAUUGCCAAGGCUAAGUCUGCCAUUCGGAAGAAGAAGUUAGCAGAGAAAGCUGCUACCAAGGCUGCAGUUAGGGCUCAAAAAGAAGCUGAAAAGAAGCAGAAGGAAAAGGAGAAGAAGGCUAGAAAGAAAUCUGGGGGGUCAUCUUCACAACCUGCUGAUGCUGAGCAAUCAGAAACUGAGACCAAGGAUACUGAACCAGACACGCAAGAGAAAACUAAUGUGAAUACUGAGAUCUCUGCUCCAGAAAAGAGUAAGGAUCAGUUUAAAGAGAAAUCAAUUCGAUCACGUAGUCGAUCAAAAGGUCUAAACCAAAUGCCCAAGAUCCUGAAGAAGAAGAAGCAACAACAUUCAUAUUGGCUAUGGGCAGCUCCUGCUGCAAUUUGUGUUCUUCUGCUUGUAGUAAGUGGAUAUUACUAUUCUCUCGUUAAAGGCCAUUGAGUUGGAAAACCGCAUCUCAGGAUACAGGUCAAGUUUUGCAGUUUGGUUCAAAUUUAUCAAAAGCACUUACUUAUAGAUUGGAAUUAUAGUUCCAUCUUUUUAUACAUGGUUGUGUUUGUGUGCAGUAGGUAUGCUGCUGUUGCAGCAUCUACUGCAGGCUGGCUAUAGACAUCAUUUUUUCUUAUGUCUUUCUUUGACCUCAACGGAACAUGGAGCUUUUGCUUAUUGUAUUCUUUAAAACUUGUUUUGACACAAUAAGACAUCUGCCUGAUUAAUUCUA